ACAUGCCAGUUUGAAUUCUUGAACUACGUGACACACUCCAUUGACUCGGGGCAAGCUCUGGUCAUUAUCUUCUUAGACAUGAAAAAGCGUUUGACCGGGUUCCACACAAUGGACUGCUGAUGAAACUAGCUGCAUUCGGUGUCACCGGCCAUCUUCUUUCUUGGUUUUCUUCCUACCUCUCUAGCCGAACGCAGUCAGUAAAACUAGGUGAUACAUCUUCCAAAAGAGCACCCGUAACUAGCGGAGUAUUUCAAGGUAGUGUACUUGGCCCUCUGCUGUUUCUGUUAUACAUUAAUGACGUGUUCCGCGUCUUUCGAUACGGUACUCCAUACGUUUUUGCCGAUGAUAUCAAAGUUGUAUUUUCGUUCGAGCCUAGCCACAUACAAAAUAGCCUCUCAAACAUUCAGAACGAUCUUCGUGGUCUCGAAAAUUGGUGCGAUACUUGGCGACUAGAAUUCUCACCAAUGAAAUGCAAUGUUCUCUCCUAUCGUUGCACUAUACCACACAACACCCUGACGCUUAACGGCACAUCCUUAGGUAACAGCUUCACCGUGCGCGACCUCGGUGUGCAUUAUUCUAGCUCGCUAACUUUCUCCGAACAGGCAAGCUAUAGCUCUGCCAAAGCCAGAUCUAUUAUUGGGUAUAUAAUGAAAUCAGUAAGCCUGGCGGAGUCUCGGCUCAUGCUCUACAAAAUAUGUGCUCGACCGAUUCUAGAGUACUGCUCGCUAGUCAUCUCCAAUUCACGGAAGAUUGAUAGAUUGAGGAUCGAGAAAGUCCAGCGGUCUUUCACUAAGCGCCUUCUUGGUCCAUCUACGCUCAACUAUCAAGGACGCUGCAAACUGCUUGGCCUGGAGCCUCUCUGGCUACGAAGGCUUAAAGCCAACCUCGUAUUCCUCUACAAACUUCUCAAAACCCCUGACUCCUGCAUAGGCGAAUUUUUUCAACAGAUGGGUGAUACACGUUACCCCAUACGCAAAAAGCCUCACUCAUUCUCUCUCCCUAAGACACGUCGCAACAUUCGUUCAAAUUUCUUCCUCUAUAGAUAUGCGCACGUAUGGAACAAGCUACCAGGAACAGUCAGAGCAUCAGAAAAUGCAGUGCAGUUCUCAUCGGCCAUAAAACGGUUACUCAGCGUCCCAAAAGUGGCGGAACUUUUGGGCAGCUGCGUUGCUGAAGAUGAACUUUGGCAACAAGGACCUGCUCACAUAUAGGACAUGUAACCACACAGUCACCGUAUACUCCAUUGGACGGAUAACUCUCGUGGCCUGGCUGUAAGCUAGCCUCGUCCGACCAGUCUACUGCUUUCUGACUGCUUCCAGACAUCAGCGACGUUAACGAUUUAGCCUCUGCAGUCCCAACACUUUGGUCUCCUUAUCUUCAGAUCUUUGCUCGACAUGCUAACUGCCUAUCCAUACAGUUACUUUCGACCCUAACUGCUCUUUUCUCAUGAUACUCAUUACCUUUAUCCCCACAUUAUUUUGGCGGCAUAGCAUCACCUUGACGAUCUACCCGGUUUCAUCUAAACAGUCCCGCUUUCCGACCUCUCACGGACUUAUGGGUUCUAAAUGAUCUAGGCUCUAAAGACGUAAUGCACUAACUGUUACCUCAAAAGCAUCGCUGAUCACGAUUCAUCCUUAUAACUCUUCGGGCCUAGCUCUAAUAUAGCCCCGUAUGAACAACCCCCUGCUUUCUGAUCACUUCCAGACACCGAGACCCCAACGAUCUGGGCUCUGAGGUCCCAAAACUGUUCUUCUCAACCUGCAACCAUUCGCUUGGCCGGCUAACUGCCUUUUCAUAUAGUCACUUUUGUCCCAAGCUGCUUCCUUUCUGAUGAUACUCACUACUCUUAUUCCCACCCUUAUUUAAUGGCCUAGCUUCAAGUUACUGGAUUUUCCGGACUCGUCUGAACGGUCUCCUGCUCUCUGACCCACCUCGGAAUUCUCAGAUCUAAAUGACGUAACCUUCUGUAACCCUCAAAUGAAAUGCACUGUUGGCCAUGAUUCGUCCUAAUAUAAUAUCCCCGCUUCAUUUACAUCUCUAUUACGCCGAUGAUCUCCUGUAGUACUAAGACCUAAAUUCUAAGGCUUUCUCUCCUUGCUUCCGACUACUGUGACCCUAUUGAUCACGGACAGGCAGACUUAUCGGUCUACUCCCAUAACCCGUAGAACAUCACUGGCUUUUCCACCUCUUCUGAAUAGAGUAUUUUCCUUUUCGUACUCUAUUUGCAUUAAAUUUUCAAUUAGACGUAAAUCUCCUCGGACCUGGUUCCAAUCUAUCCUCGGCUGACCAGUCUCAUGAUUCUGACUGCUCCGAGACGUUAUCACUCGAGGCUCUACAUUCCAAACACUCUGUUCCCCUCAACUCAAGACCUCUCCUUGACAUGCUAACUGGCUCUUCAUAUAGUGACUUUCGUCUCGAAAGCUUCUUUUCUUAUGACACUCCUUAACGCUGACGUAACGCCCUGUAACCCUCAACUGAAAUGCAUUGUUGGCCCUGAUUAAUCUUUACUGCUAUGUCCCCUUUCUUCCUGAACAUGCGUAUUCUGCCGAUGCUCUCCUUUAGUAC